AUGAGUGAGGACUGGAUGCAGAGAGGAGGGGCCGUUACCCUGGACACCGAUGCCACCAUCCAUGUGUCCGCCACUGAUCUUGUGACGCAGGCCAGUCUGAAAGAUGGAAAGCUGCGUGCAAAUGGCAUUCACGAUUUUCGACAGGAGGACGAACAGCUCAGCCCGCUACUCGUGGUUGAGAAGGAGUAUUUAUUGGAUGGGAGGCUGAUCGACAAUAAUCACAAGGACAAUGGCAAGGAUCAAGCAACAUAUACCUCAACAUCUACAGAAACAAGUGCCCAUUUUGAAACUGCUCAGCCCAAAACGUUAGCAAGCACGCAACAAAACUGCACAGCAAGUGAAAUCCGAAACGGGGCGAGAGCAAAAGUGUCUUACCAUGCUGAUUCUACAACGCACAAUUCCGGCCAAACUGUACAGGAAGCGAACUGCUCCGAUCGACCAUCUGAGGACAGCGGCCAGGAAGCAGAAAAAAGCUUGUCGAAAAACGAAGAGCCAGAUUUAGUCAUCGAAGUUGGCGGACAGACGAUCAAUGUUCACAAGUCUGUGCUGGCGGAGAAAAGCGACUAUUUCAGAGCUCGCCUGUCACGAAAUGUCCUGAAAGUCAAAGGUGUCAGCUUCAAAACCAUGUCCACAUUGAUAAAUUAUGUUUACACAGCACACAUGAAUGUUAGCAAGGAUAAUGUCGUGGAUGUCAUCACCGGGGCCAAGAUCUUACAAAUCCCCUGUGCAGUCCAGGCCGCUAUGGACCGUAUGUCUGAGCAAAUCACAACACAGAACUGCUACGAGAUACUUACAAUAGCCAAAAAACAGCGUCUGAGCGAGCUGAAAGAGACUGCGUACGGGUUCAUGAGCGACAACUUUCUCCAGAUUUUGAAAGACCCCUCGGUUUAUGGGCGUCUCACUGGAUCUGAGAGAGAUCUGGUCUUGAGGAAGCGAAUGGAGGGGAAGCAGGUGCUCAUGGUGGCUGAGGUGAAUGAUGUUUUUGACCGUGUAGGAAGCAGGCCUCCAAGCCGCUGUGGAAGUCGCCCACAGAGUCCAUUGUCAGUGGGGUCUCUGGAGGAUAACCACAUGAUUUACUAUUAUAAUGAACUGGUCAAUGACUGGACAGCCUUGACUUCCAUGCCUGAUGACCUCAACACUAAGGGCUGUGGUAUCUGCACUAUGUAUAAUUAUCUGUUUGUGGCAGGGGGGAUUAAGGGAAAUGGAGACAAGGGUAAAGUUUCUGAUCGAGUCUUCUGCUACAAUCCGAUCUCCAACAGCUGGUCCGAAGUGCGACCUCUGAUCCAGGCUCGAGCCCAGCUAAAGCUAGUGUCUAUGGACGGUUACUUGUACGCAAUUGGGGGAGAAUGUCUUUUCACCGUGGAAAAGUACGACCCUCGCAUGGACCGCUGGACCACGGUGGCUCCUCUGCCCAAAGGAGCCUUCGCCGUGGCCCAUGAAGCCACAACCUGCAGCGGGGAGUUGUACGUCUCUGGAGGAUCUCUCUUCUACCGACUCCUGAAGUACGACCCAAAGAGAGACGAGUGGCAGGAGUGUCCUUAUAACAACAGCAGGAAAAAGUCCAGUGAUAUGGUGGCCCUGAAAAGCUUCAUCUACCGCUUCGAUGUCAACCGUGAGCAAGGAAUAAACGUGUUUAAGUACAAUACCAUAGUGAAAAUGUGGCACGACUGCGCUUCGCAAAAAAUCGGAAGCCUUUUGCCUUUCCGAUGUGCAGUCAUUGGAAAGUACAUCUACUGUGUCAACAAGAGCCAGACUUUGCAGUUUGUAGUCGAGGAGGAGAAUGCUUACUUUGUGGAGGAGAUGCUCAAGGCGCCAGUGGAGGCUCGGGGCGUGCUGUUCCCCUUUGUUCUUACGUUGCCUGCAAAGUCAGAGAAAGUUACAUAA